UAAAUAUUAAAAAGAGAGCCUUGGCUGUAAAGAAACAGUGGUGUUACUUACCUAGGUAUUCAUUCGCAAAGUACUCAAAGCACCUAGGCACGCAGUAGAGGGUAUCCAACAACCUAGAGACAUCGUAACGUAGGCAUUGAGUAACUACUCUCUUCUCUUCCGAAGCUGGGAGGAGAUGGCAAGAUGAUACUCGUUUCCGUUCGCGGAGAGUAAGCUGUUGGAAGUUUACCACUAUUACCAGACCCACACACACAGAGCUUUUACACGAGUUAUACAUUAACCUCUUGCCAAUAAUGCGAUCUCUUAUCAGAUGUUCAGAUAUGGAUUGGGGUAGGCACUGAGGUAAACAAUCAUUUAAGUACCGUGCCAUAUGAGAUUUCUCAAUUUAAACUGACCUGUCCAGAAACAUCACAAACAUCAUGGCCACCCAGGGAGAAAUCGAGAAAUCCUCAGCUGGUACCGAGGCCGUAGAGCCGGUCUUGAAUUCUUCUAAAAAUGAGGAAGUAGAUCCAUACUUGGUAACUUGGAACGGCGAAAAUGACCCAGAACAUCCGUAUAAUUGGUCGCUAGUCCGAAAAUGGUCAAUCACCAUCCUCCUUUCUAACGGAGGACUGGUAACGCUGAUGUCGGGUGUAAUGCUGGCUCCAGCGCUUCCGAGCAUAUCAGCAGAUUUACAGACCGGCGAAGAAGAAACGCAAAUAUUUCUGUCGAUUUACGUUCUGGCAUUUGCUUUCGGCCCUAUGGUCCUUUCGCCCCUCGCCGAGGUUUUCGGUCGUCGGCCGGUGUGGAUUCUGUCAAGCUGCUUCUAUAUCCUCUGGAAUACGGUUGCGGGUUUUAGUCGUACGCCCGGCCUCAUGAUUGCGAGCCGUGUUCUGUCAGGCAUCGGAGCUAGCGCAGAGUUUUCUAUUUCCAAUCCAGUUCUAUCGGAUUGUUGGAUACCCUCGCAGCGUGGAGUUUCGUUCGCCAUUUCUACUUUUAUACCUCUCCUAGGUCCGGCAAUUGGGCCGAUCAUCGGCGGCGCCGUCUCCCAGUCAAUCGGGUGGCGAUGGACCUUCUGGAUUCUAUCCAUAUAUGACGGCUUCCUUGUGGCCAUAGCACUUUUUGUAUUUAAGGAAACAUAUGGGGUCCUUAUCCUCAAUGAGAAAGCUAGCAAGCUACGGAAGAGCACAGGAAACCCUUACUAUACUCAAUGGCACGGCGCAUCAGAGAAAUUGAGCGACAGGCUUUCUCGCUCCUUAACCCGGCCCAUACGCCUUUUGAUAACUCAGCCUAUUCUACAAGUCGUUGCGAUAUUCCUAGCGUACAACUUUGGUAUGCUGUAUCUCGUCCUAUCAACCUUUGCUACCCUCUGGAUUGAUCGAUACGGGCAAACCCAAACCCAAAGUGGCUUGAACUAUAUCGCACUUGUUAUCGGAUAUACUAUCGCCUCGCAAGUUGGUAGUAGAAUAAUGGAUCGAUUGUGGGCAUAUCUGAAGGCCAAAGCCGGCAACGACACCGCCCCUGAGUACCGCGUUCCGCUGAUGAUACCCGGCGCUAUCCUGAUUCCGCUUGGUCUAUUAAUCUACGGCUGGACAGCAGAGAAACACGUCCACUGGGUUGUUCCCGACAUUGGAAUUGCCAUUCUAGGUUGCGGUAUCAUUAAUAACACGCAGUCCCUUCAGGCGUACGUGAUGGAUGCGUAUCGUGACUAUGUGGCCUCGGCGUCUGCCGCUUCGCAGUUCCUGCGUAGUAUUGCUGGUUUUGCAUUUCCUAUAUUUGCGCCAGCGAUGUACCAGAGCCUGGGAUAUGGUUGGGGAAACAGCGUGCUUGCCCUUACGUUCGUUGUGAUCGGGUGGCCUGCCCCUUUUCUUCUGUGGAGAUACGGGGCUACAUUGAGGGCAAUGGGAAGCAAAAAGGGACUAUAGUCUUCCGUACUGGCGUGACUAAGGAACGUGGGACGUAAGAUCGUAGCUAGAUAGAUAGGUCUAAGUAGAGUUAUACGGCCCUACCCAGAGUGAAUAGACUGUAAAUGUGUAUCAUAUCAGAAAAGGGGUCACCUGAUUAACACAUUUUCCAGGGCAUGCUGACUUAAUACUCAAACAGUAAGAAAUAAUUUUCUCUUUCC